CCCGCGCCCCCAGCCCUCGCGCCGAGACCCCGGCGUAUCCGCCGGCCAGCCAGCUUCGGCCCCCGCCCCCGAGAAGGCUUCGCACAUCCCUCCUGGCUCCUGCCUGCGCCCCAAUGAAGAAAACCAACAUGUGGUUCUUGGAGAGGUUUCGGGGAUCGGGGGAGAAUGGAGCUGCGGGGGGCGAGGGCGGGGACAAGGCCGCCAAGGGGCCCCUGUACAGCAACGUGCUCACACCGGACAAGAUCCCAGACUUCUUCAUACCCCCCAAGCUGCCCGCCGGCCCCGCUGAGCCCGAAGCGCAGGCCGAGCUGGGGCCCUCGACCUCGGAGCAGAACCUGGCCUCCGCCGCGCCCCGCCGCGCCCCCCGCAGCCCCCGGCUGUCCGCCAAGCUGGCCGCCGAGAGCAAGAGCCUACUGAAGGCGGCCACCCGGCACGUGAUUCAGAUCGAGAGCGCGGAGGACUGGCCGGCCGACGAGACUGCCACCAACGCCGACCCCCAGGCCCAGGGGGCCAUGUCGCUGCCCUCGGUGCCCAAGGCCCAGACGUCCUACGGCUUUGCCACGCUGGCCGAGAGCCCCCACACGCGGCGCAAGGAGUCCCUGUUCCACAGCGAACACGGGGCUCUGGCCCAGGUGGGCUCCCCAGGCACCCGGCGCCGUCGGGGGGGUGUCAAGGCCAACGGGGGGGACGGGGCACCCAGGGAGGCCGGCGGCACCCUCAUGAGCCCCGGCCGCUGCGUCAGCGGCGGGGAAAGCGACACGGGGUCCUCGGCCGAGUCCUCACCCUUCGGCUCCCCCCUGCUCUCGCGCUCCGUGUCGCUGCUCAAAGGCUUCGCCCAGGACAGCCAGGCCAAGGUGAGCCAGCUCAAGCACUCUGUGGGCCGCCAUGGCUCCCUGUCGGCUGACGACAGCACGCCGGACACUAGCCCCGGGGCCCGGCGCCGCCUGCCCCGCAGGGCCACCCCGGAGCCCGGCCCGGAGUCUGGUCCGGCGUCCCGCGCGGAGCACGCCGUGCGCAUGGGCCCUCGGGGCAGCGUGCGCCUGCUGGCCGAGUACGAGGCGGCCCAGGCCCGCCUGCGCGUGCGCCUGCUGGCGGCCGAGGGCCUAUACGACCGGCUGUGCGACGCCCGCAGCAUCAACUGCUGUGUGGGCCUGUGCCUCGUGCCGGGCAAGCUGCAGAAGCAGCGCAGCACCAUCGUCAAGAACAGCCGCCACCCAGUGUUCAACGAGGACUUCUUCUUCGACGGCCUGGGUCCGGCCAGCGUGCGGAAGCUGGCUCUCAGGAUCAAGGUGGUGAACAAGGGCAGCAGCCUCAAGCGGGACACGCUGCUCGGGGAAAAGGAGCUGCCCCUGACCUCCCUGCUGCCCUUCUUGUAGAGGACCCCCCCCCACCCCCGCCUCCCUUGGGCCGCGGAGACCCCGCCCCCUCCUGGGUCCUGCAGGGGAUGCCACGGCCACGCCCCCUCCUGGGUCCUGCAGGGGGCCCCGCCCCCUCCCGGACCCUGCAAGUGAGCCCUGAUGCUGCGGCCUCUUUUGGGGGUGUCCUGGGUCAUGCUCUUUUCCAGGGGUUACUUUUAAUACAGGAGGAGAGAGAGGGCUGCUGGGGAAAAGAAAGGGCCAGCUUGCUGGGCUGAGUCCCUCGAUACCCCAAGUUUCAUGCUCCCACCGCUGCUGGUUACUGCUUCUGGAAUUCUGGAAUCUGGGCCGGGAGGUAGCAGAGGCUGACCACAGACCCAGAGACUGCGGGUCCUGAGGACCAGCCAGGUCUUCUCUGCGGCACGAGUGUCCUCCUGCCCCAGGCCCGACGGACGCCCCCUAGAGAGGGGUGCCAGGCAGUGCGGGGCCCCAUGGGGCUGUGGGAGGACCCCCUCCUGCCUUAGGCGGUCUCUGGGCAGCCCUCAGUCCUCCCAGGCUCUGGAGGUGAGAGCCGGUCAGAGGGAGGAGGGUGCCACCCCAUCUGAGAGCCACUUCCCGGCAAAGACUGGCAGCUGAGGAGGAAGUCCCAGAAGAGGAGAAUGAUGGCUCUGCCCCUCAAGUGUGACAGCCUUCCAUCACCUUCUCUUGUCUGGCGCUGCAGCCCUGCUGGGCGUCCAGAGCCUUCAACCUCUGAAAGGCUAGCUCAGAUCGUGCCCAGAGAGUAGCACCAGCUGGUUGUCCCUGCUCCUCCCUGUCUUCGACCCCUCCUGAGCAUGGUCCUCAGCAGCUGGACCCAGGAAGUGCUGUUCAGGGACAGACAGCUUCCACUUAUACUCCACAGGUGUACAUAGGUUCUGGCUAGGGUGGGUGGGACAAGGGGCGGCUGGGGAGAUCCUGCUUGUGGCUUUUCAUGCUGCUAACACAGCUGCAUGGGCUUAACUGUCCUGUCAGUGUGUGUGUCCUCAACUGAUUUUUGUGGCUCAGCCAAACAGAAACGACACAGUCUGAAGCAGGGCCUCCUGGGCUGCCUGCUGGGCGAGGAUGGACCAGACUGGUUUGUGGGGAUCCUGGGGUGCCCCUCCCAGUUCAGAAGUUGUCCCCCCAACACCACAGCUCUGGGUUUCUAAAUUACUCUGGGGGAGGGGUGAAGGAGCCGGGGCUGGAGGGGAAGCACACAUUCCCUUCUGCACACCUGGUGAGACAUACCCAUGCCCUUGAACCUGAGACUGAAGGCCCCUGGCGCUGGGGUCCCUAGCUGCACACCCUCUGGCCUCUGGCCUCUGCCUGCCCUCAGGCUUUCUGAUCCUGGGGACCACCCAGGCCAGGCCUGUGGGCAGAGAAGGUGGACAGAAAGCCCCGCAUGGACUUAGAUGCUCAGACUUGCCGCCCCCUUCUCUGACCCCAACUGCUCCCACCCCCUGCUUUAUCCCUGGGGACCCUCAUUUUCUUGGCCCCCACACUGUUUGAUAUCUCUGUGUUUGAAGUUGACUGUGGGUACAUCUUGAAGACAUCCUCCCCCAAGUGUUUGUUGAUAAAUGCUGUUUUUAGUGCAAUAAAGGUGUUUUGGGGA